CGCUGGCAAAAUGCCCACUAGAAGAUUCCAUUGUGCAACUCCAUGUCCGCAGAGUGGCCCAUGGCCCGACAGAACCAAGCGUGUAGUACAAGAGGGUGGGCAUUGGCCGCCAUGGCGGUGCCAGCAAUCGGCGUGUUGGGAGAGCCAGUUCCGAAUUAGUUUGUUCUUGCGAGCGAGAGGGCCACCUGAUCGCGACCUCAACUGCGCGCCCACCCCAUUCAUUAUCUCUCAGCAAAAACAACAUUAUUCUCUAGGUGCAUCGCGAUACCGCCCGUCCCGAUCCAUUGGCCCCCACUCGCAUUCUGUCCCUGAGUUGCGGCCAAAUCGUAGUCGUGAUGCCUCAAUGCCCCUUUGCCGUCCUCCCUUACCCCUCCCGCUCAACAAAGUCGCCCAUGUUGCCCCCCCGUUCCCACCGAUUCCUCCGAUCGCCCUCUUUUCUGUUCACCGCCAGCCAGCACGCAUUCCCCACCACGCCGCAAACUUUGUGCCCAGCACUUCAAUUGCUGCCAGCCAAUAUACAUAGAAACUAAGACAGGACAAUCAAUAAACACGCCCUGUCCGUCUCACGACCGCAGCUUUGCCUGUUCACUACUUUGGUCGUUCAAUGAUGAUACUCGGGUCUCCUCCUCCGGUAU